AUGAAUUGCAUGAAUACAGGACAUAGGAAUUUACUUGAAGUGAUGUUUGGACAAAGAGCAAGUAGAAGUUUCGAUAAAGUAUCAGGAAAGACAUUGCAAAUCAUCCCGAUGCCACUUUUUGGAAAACUUGAAGCAAUAGCUGCCACUGAUGCAUCGAUAAAGGUAAACCUCAAAUUUGAGGCUGAGAGGGCUAACACAACAUCAUGUGAGAGCAAAACUGAGGCAAUAUGGAUCUUAGGGCAGCUUCUUCCCAAUGCAUCCAUGACUGUUCUAAGGUCAGUGCUAUCAUUUUCUUGGCAAGAAAAGUCCAAAGAAACCUCCUUUAGAUUUGGGCAAUCUGAAAGCCAGAGAGAAGAGAGACUAGUUGAAGACAAUAUAAAACCCCCAAUGAGUCAAGAUUGCUACCCAGAGAUCCGAUUAGUAGAGGAAUCAGCAGUAAAGAUCUCCAGAGACUGCAAAUUUGGGCACGAGAAGGCAAUACAGGCCAGCAUUAACCCUAACCUUUCGAUUCUAAUCGAUAGUCUUAACAGGCCAGGGCAUUUCUGCAGAAUGGACCCCACAAAUCCAAUCUGCGCCUUCGCCGGAACUCUGAGCCGGAGCUCCUCCGCCGCACGCCACAGCUUUCUAGUCGUCUCCCUCCACCCCCUGCACACCCUCGCCGCCGAGAGCAGCCCCGCCGGAGGCAGCCUCCGCAGAACCUCCCACAGGCAGCUCAUCGGGAGACCAUCCGACCCGUACGGAUCCGGAACCUCCUCCUCCAGAUCGAACCGCUCCUCAUCCAGAACAUCGAUUGAUUCAGCUACGCUGGUGUCAUCAAACAACAGAGCUCGCCGGCGCCGGACCGCGGGCGGUGGCGUCGCGCAGACCAGCUUCUCCGCCGCCACCGACGACCCGAGCGUGGCGGGUGCGGAGGACGGAUCGUCGGCGCCGGCGGUCGGGGUGGACAUGGGGGUAGCCGGGUCGGCGUCGUCGGUGGGGGCACCGGUGGCCCUUCUUGGGCAGCCCGCAGCGGCCGCAGUUGUAGCUCCCCCUCUUCUUGCCGCGCCUGAUCAGGAAGUCGGCGUCGGAGAUGGGGGUGACGGGGUGGGUGAGGAGCCAUUUUUGGACCGUUUGGGAGGGAGACAAAAUUUCUAUUAUCUUUUAUAA